GUAAAAUGGGAGCGUUCAAGAGAAAGCGUGGAUCGGGCUCUGGUGCUGGAAAACAGGCGAAAAAAGUUAAAUUUGCCGAAAAUGGCACAGGGAAGCAGACGGCAAGACCUGGGCAGGAAUCUGAAAAGGAACACAACAUUCCAGCUCCGGUUUCUAGGGGUAAAUGGAAAAACAAAGAGCGGGUGCUUGUGUUUUCAUCUAGAGGUAUCAACUUCAGAACAAGACACUUGAUGCAGGACCUCCGGACAAUGAUGCCCCAUACUAAAGCAGAUACAAAAAUGGACCGAAAGGAUAAACUGUUUGUUGUUAAUGAGGUCUGUGAAAUAAAAAACUGCAACAAAUGCAUCUUUUUCGAAGCUAAAAAGAAGCAGGACCUUUACAUGUGGAUUUCCAAUGUUCCUCAUGGACCUUCAGCCAAGUUUUUGGUACAAAACAUUCACACCCUAGCUGAACUUAAAAUGACAGGAAACUGCUUGAAAGGAUCACGACCACUUCUCUCCUUCGACCCAACAUUUGAAAAGGAACCUCACUAUGCCCUGCUAAAGGAACUUUUCAUUCAGACAUUUUCUACUCCUCAGUACCACCCAAAGAGCCAGCCAUUUGUUGACCACAUUUUAACUUUCACAAUCACAGACAACAGGAUUUGGUUCAGGAAUUACCAGAUAAUCGAAGAAGAUGGGUCACUUGUGGAAAUAGGACCUCGUUUUGUUUUAAAUCUCAUCAAAAUUUUCCAGGGCAGCUUUGGAGGAGCAACGUUGUAUGAAAACCCACGCUACCAGUCCCCAAAUAUGCAUCGCCGAAUGAUUCGAUUGGCCACUGCUGCAAGGCUGAAGGAAAAACAGCAGGUUAAGGAGCUUCAGAAAAUGAAGAAGAGCGAACCGAAAGUAAAAGAGAAAGAAGACCCAACACAGGACGUCUUUGUGACACCUGCUGAAGAGAAGCAGUCAGACAUCCAGCUGGUCGCACCAGAGCCCAAACCUGUUAAGAAGAAGAAGAACAAAGAAUUCAAACGACAAAGAAAGUUAAAACAAAAAAGGUUAUAAACUUUUUCCAUGUGGCGUGAUGGGGACCCUUGAGAUGCAGAAGACAAGUCUGAAACUAAGGAAAGCCAAAGUGUGCCAAUGAAACACAAAACCACGGUUAUUUUUAUACAGUGCAUGUACUUCAGCAUCAUUGUAGAUGUGUGUUCAUGUAGAAUAUUUCUGAUAACCAAUUUAUCCUCUUUGCCUGUUGUGGCAUUAGAGAUACAAAGUUAAGAGGGAGGGGGUGACCUGGUGUGUGUGUGGUUUUUUUUUUUUUUUUUUUUUUUUGGGUGUGUGUAUAACUGUUAAAGAAGACAUGUUUCUGAGAAUUUUUUUAUCAGAACAUUACCUUAAAAUAGGAAGAGAUCAAAAUGAUUUUACUUUGUUUUGUUUUUUGUUUUUUUUAAACACAUGUAUGGUAGACUACACCAGUGUUGAAGCAGAUUUAUAUGAACUGUUAAUUAAAAUAAUUAAAAAAAUAA